CAUUCUUGGUUACUGCUCGACUUACAUAUUCAUGCAGACAUUCAUGAUCCCCGACACUAUUUUCAUGUCCUUAUUCGCUGGAGCACUUUUUGGUGUCGUAAGAGGUCUUUUCUUUGUUGUCUUCAAUGCAACUGCUGGGGCAUCUUGCUGCUAUUUUCUGUCCAAACUCAUUGGCAUACCUAUUGUCAACUGGUUGUGGCCUGAAAAACACAGAUUUUUCCAGGCUGAGAUAGCAAAGAGGAGAGAGAAAUUGUUGAAUUGCAUGCUCUUUCUGAGAGUAACACCGACACUGCCAAAACUGUUCAUCAAUUUGGCAUCGCCAAUUGUGGACAUACCAUUUCAUAUUUUCUUUCUGGCAACUGUUGUUGGCCUCAUUCCAGCUUCCUAUAUUACUAUUAGAGCUGGGCUUGCACUUGGAGAACUGAAGUUGGUGAAAGAUCUAUACGAUUUGAAGACAUUGGUGGUACUGUUCCUCAUCGGGUCGAUUUUAUUGUUGCCGACCCUUUUGAAGAGGAAGCGGAUAUAUGAUUAAAGCUUGUCCUUUUACGAUUCCUCCCGUCUUUUUUUUGAAGAAAGGGGAGUGAUUACCUGUAACAUCAUUUGCUUUUGUAACGGGAAAUUUCAGCAUUACACAUCGUACAUCCGUACAUUAUCAUCUACUGUUUAUCUUACAGUCCUAGUUUCAGGUGAUCUAACGCUUGAAGUAUUGAAUUUGAACUGAUAUACAUUGUAAUUCAUUCACAGGGAAUGAAAUCUGGAAUCUGUACUUCUCUGAAUAUCAGAAAUUAUAAACUUAAUUAAUACACAGGCAGGUUGAGAUAUAUCUUGUG